GCGAUCUAUUCCCAGAGUCAGAGAAGACAGACCGUCUCUAGUUUGCAGAACAUUUGCCAAAAUCAGGUCCGUGGACAAUGCUGCGAGUCAGGUGUCUCAGAGGUGGUAGCAGGGGGGCUGAAGCAGCCCAUCUGAUUGGAGCAAUGAUUGGCCGCACCGUGUCUGGUUGGGUGCAGAGGGCUUUCCAGAGCACUUCCAGCUCAGCUGCAGCUGCUCAGCCCCGUAUUGCAGUGGAGGAACCUGUUACUGACCUCGCACCCCAAGAGAGCCCGGUGUGCGCCUACAAUGAAUGGGACCCGUUGGAGGAAGUCAUUGUUGGACGACCCGAGAAUGCAUGUGUCCCUCCAUUCACUGUGGAGGUCAAGGCCAACACCUAUGAGAAGUACUGGCCCUUCUACCAAAAAUAUGGGGGCCAGCCUUUCCCCAAGGACCACUUGAAGAAAGCUGUUGCUGAAAUUGAGGAAAUGUGCAAUAUUCUCCGCCAUGAGGGUGUUACUGUGACAAGGCCAGAACCCCUUGACUGGUCUUUCGAAUACAAAACCCCAGAUUUUUCUUCUACUGGGAUGUAUGCUGCCAUGCCUAGAGAUAUCCUUAUUGUCAUUGGGGAGGAGAUUAUCGAGGCUCCAAUGGCAUGGAGGUCCCGGUUCUUUGAAUACAGAGCGUAUAGGCCUCUCAUCAAGGAUUACUUCAGGAGAGGGGCAAAGUGGACCACAGCUCCAAAACCUACCAUGUCUGAUGAGCUGUAUGAUCAGGACUACCCUAUUCGCACUGUGGAGGACAGGCACAAGCUAGCAGCCCAGGGCAAGUUUGUGACCACUGAGCAUGAGCCCUGCUUCGAUGCUGCUGAUUUCAUAAGGGCUGGGACAGAUAUCUUUGUGCAAAGGAGUCAGGUUACAAAUUACAUGGGUAUUGAAUGGAUGCGUCGUCACCUUGCCCCGACAUACAAAGUGCACAUCAUUUCCUUUAAGGACCCCAAUCCCAUGCACAUUGAUGCCACUUUCAACAUUAUUGGUCCUGGCCUGGUGCUGUCCAAUCCUGAUCGCCCAUGUCGCCAGAUUGAGAUGUUUGAGAAGGCAGGCUGGACAGUGGUAAAACCCCCAACACCUCUGAUUCCAGAUGAUCAUCCUCUGUGGAUGUCCUCAAAAUGGCUGUCCAUGAAUGUCCUGAUGCUGGAUGAUAAACGAGUCAUGGUUGAUGCCAAUGAGACCACCAUCCAUAAAAUGUUUGAGAGUCUUGGCAUUAAAACAGUCAAGGUGAGCAUCCGUCAUGCCAAUUCCCUUGGAGGUGGCUUCCAUUGCUGGACAACUGAUGUUCGUCGUCGUGGUACCCUGCAGUCUUACUUCCAUUAGCCAUGCCAGAAAGUAGCAGUUGUUAUUGAGCUUUGAAUGUUAUCUAAAAAAUAAUCAAUGAUACAUUUUUUUGCUCUUACUAAAAGGCCUAAACUACUGCAAGUUGAUUUCACAAAGCUGUGUGUGUUGAAGCUUUUGCAAAAAUUGACGUAAGAAACAGCAACAAUAAGACAACCACAUUACUAUUAACAUCUCAAUAAUUACUGCAUUUCUGGCCAGCUAUGGUUUAACAUCUAUUGUAAGCGUGACUGCUGUCAUUUGUAAAUUGGGCAGGGUACAUUUUUGGUAUGAAUAUCAGGACAAAUGAACAUGGGGGUCGUUUUCUACCUCCUUUGCAAAAUCCAGCAGAUAUUACUGAAUGUCUUAAUGAUUAUACAGUGAACCUCUUUUUUUAAUUUUGUAUCUAUUUUCUAAAGUAUUAUUUAAUGUUGUCAUAGCAGGUCAUAACAAUUUUCACUGUAACCUUAUUUGAAAAAAGAACACAACACUAAUGUAAAUAUUUUAUAUUGUUAUUGGCAUAUAUAUCCCCAAAAUACUUUUUUAUACAUUUGCAUAACAAAUUGAAGGUCCAUAUCAAAUAUACCUUUUGCCUCAAUGGUCAUCUGCAAUAACAGGUCUGAGCCAGGUAUAGUCAAUCUAACCAUGCUUUGCUGCAGUCAUAGGGAAUUCUUAAAUCUGCAUGCGCUUAUUAGGACUAUUUCCUGAAUAUAGUGGAUUUCCUCUUUGCAUUUAAGGUAAUACUGUCAUUUAAUUCUUCCAUGCAAUCAUUCAGAAGGCCAGACAGUGGUUUUCAGAAAAGAUUGCGUGAAAGGAGAGGAUGGAAUAUGUCAAUGGCUUUAGGUUGCUUUAUGAUGUUUUCUAAACAACCAAAUUAAAAACAAACUUAUAAAAGUUA